UAUUGCUUAAAAUCCUUAUAGUCGUAAUUUAAAUGUACUGCGUUGUCACUCCCAGUGAUAGUUAGUCUGAAAUGUGCAGAAAUCCAAGGUGUGCGGUAAAAGCUGCCUUCCUUAAAUGUGUGUAUUUUUUUGCUUUGUCCUGUUAGAUGGUGCCAGUCUCAAAUGUUUCCUAGUGCAUUAUCAGAAUAGCGUGUACCUGGAUGGUCCACUGCAAGUGUUUUUUUUUUUGUUUAUAUUAAGAAAUGCCAGUGAAGCGAAGUAAAGCCCAGGGUCACAAUGACUCCACAAGAAAUGGUGGGGUCAAACGAAAACAGCCUGCUGGAACUAGGAGAGACACGAGAGACCACAGAGUUAACAUUGGAGCUGCAUUUGAUAAGUGGCGAGCAGUGAAAACGGCACAUGAAUUGAGAUCCGAUGCAGACGUGGCCCUGUAUCUUCUCAAUCCAAGGAGGUGUGGCCCAACAUCCUCUCCAGCUGGAACCUGUGACCCGCAGACAAAGGCACAAAUGGAAAAGCUGAUUGAGCAGGAGGUUCACGGGGCAGUGGCUAAGAAUGAAACCAAGCUCCAGGGCCUGAUUGAAACCGUCCAGCAGCUGAGCAAUGACGCCAGCAUUGACCACUCUAUCCAAAAACUGGAGGCUCGAAUUAACUCUGUGUCCAGGAGGACAGAGCUGGCUCUCUCCUACAUUAGGAAGACGCAUGAAAAGAGUCCACUACCCUCCCUCGUUAACGUGGACAUCAUCAGGAACGCCCCAGAAGAUGGUGCCAUGGAGCCCGUGUCGCAGCGGAAUAAGAAGCGGAAGGCAUGCGCAGUCACGAAUAGAGAUGUCCUCAGAAUUAUGGAUCGUACCAAAAGAUGCCUGGAGAAGCUCUGCAGAGACAGAGCAGCUUUCAUGGCUGACGUCGCAGAUUCCGGUCCAGAGAAGUCUCCACCUACCCUAAGCCCGAAGUAUUCCAGUGAAGGGACCCCAUCUUCCGUGUCAGAUUUAAAUCGGGAUGAGCCUCCACCUGUUCUCUCUCCUAAUGUCUCCUGGAUGGGACAUGUAGGGGCUGUUAAGAAAGAAGAGUGCAAGGAAGAAAAAAAUAACAUUGAGAGGUUAAAGCAAUUUGAUCCAAAGGAGAACAACUUUAAGGAAGAAGCCGCCCCCACAGACCACUGUAGCAAUUUUGGGCUUAAACAAAUCGACCAACAACAGAAACGGCUCUGCUACCCUCCUCUCCCCGCCAACCCUUUCCCCUCUAUCCUGAACAUUGAAGCCGCAUCAUACAGCAUCCCUCAGAAUUUAGAAGUAAAUCUGGCCCUCAUCAGGAACCCCACUCGUCUCUCUGUGCUGUGGAAUGUGACUGAGGAAGACCCCUCAGCACCGCCCAUGGAAAGUUACUCUAUCUUCCUGACUAUGGAGAAGGAGAAAGGGAGCAACGUCUUUCCAGACUGGCAUACCUAUGAUAAGGUGGAGGCUAAGGCCCUGCCCAUGUGCGCACUGAUUAAAAAGUACAAACCCGGGCACAAGGUGUGUGCCGCUGUGGUGGGCAAAGAUGUAUUUGGACGGUAUGGACCCUACAGUGAAGUUGUUACAGCGACCAUACCUGACUAAUUGGGAAAAGGCUUCUGGUCGUGGCUGGCAGUUCUGAAAGACAGUUUUAUGUUAACUAAUCCACAUUUUACAUGUUUGUACAUUUAGAUUUUUGCUCUGAAUAGAUUUCUUGUUUUUUUUUGCAUGAAAUUGAUUAAAGUGGAGUAGCACACUUUUGUCUUUUAUCAGUUACCUCCGUUUCACUGCGGGCAGCAUUGUGAAUCUCCCAGGUAAAGGUUGUUUGGUGGCAUGAGGUUAGGGUCUGUCAUAGGACCAACACAUAGCUGC